AUGUGUGUAAAUGUUCCCUUACAACAUGCACCGUCAAAUCUUAAUUUGGUACCACCUGCAGCCCCACCCCCCAAAACAGGCGGUGGGGGUCCUCGACAGUGGGUCAAGAUUGGAGGGGUCAGUGUAACAGUUGUAAAGGGACAACUCACUGAUGAACAGGUUGAUGUUUAUGUGAAUGGAGUACCCUCUAACUUUGACAUGAGUAUAGUUCCUAGUAAGAAAUUAAGUAAUGCUGCUGGAGCAGCUUUGGAAGCUGACUGCAAGAAGAGAUAUCCGAAUGGACUUAAAAUAGGAGACAUCGCAGACACAGGGGGCUUUAAUUCCAAAUGCCAGAGAGUGUACCAUGUGACCCUUCCUAAGAGUCAACAGGAUGGCAGUCAGAACAAGAGUAUAACUGAUUCAGUAAAGAACUGCCUUGAGAGGGCCAAUAAAAAGAGCUUCAGCUCCAUUGCUGUACCAGAUCUGGGUUCCCCCAUUGGGUACCCUCCCAGUAUCCUGGCAGACCUGAUGUUCACCGCGGUGGAGGAGUUCAGUAAAGGGAAAACCAACCCCAAUCUCAGCCAAGUGGUGUUCUCCAUCUUCAAAAAUCAAGUUUACACGGCAUUCGUUAACAAAGCGAAGGAAAUUUCAACUCAAAAUUCAGGUAUAAGUGGACUUUUGCGAAGACACUGA